CUUUGUGAACAGGUUUUAGAAGAGAAAUCCCAACUUGAGAUGAAAAUUGUAGAAAUAAGUAAAAAUAUUAUUGAACAAAACAAACUUGAGGAACAAAUCAGGGCUCUUGAAACAGCAGCAAAGGAUAAAAAUGAGAUGGCUGUUGCUGAGAAGGAAGCUUUGGAGAAAAAACUCCAAGAGUAUCAGGUUAGAUGAUAAAUAUAAACAUAAUACAUUAUUAAGAUUUUAAAAUGAAUUAUUUAGUUCCAAAAGCAGAUUUGUAAAACAAAAAAAAUCAAUAUACUCUGCUUGAAUUUUAGCCUCUGUUAUUCCAUAGAUGUAUUUAGAUGAUAGAUAUAGAGAGAUGAUAAGAUAGAGAGAUGAUGAUAGAUAGAUACAUAGUAAGAGAGAUAGAUAGUAAGAGAGAUAGAUGCUCUUAAAUAGAUAGAGAGAUAGAUGCUCUAAGAAUUAAGAAAGAUAGAGAGAUAUAUACUUUAAAAAAUUCAACAGGGAAAAAUUAGAGAUCUGUUACUGAACAUAUUUGACAAAGUGACUUAAAAUGGCAAGGUUGGGCUGCACUGAAUGUAAUUGCUUGCCGCUCAAAUAUUACCAUGCAUUUGCUGUAACUUGUUUCUUUAAUGAAUAUCAAAAUUUCAUUUUAACCUGGAGCAGAUUUGCAAGACCGUGGAUACAAAGGAAAAUCAGACAUCUGUAAAUAUCUUUUCUCAUUUGGUUAAUGUUGUUUUUGUUUUUUUAAUGAGUAAAGCACUUUUCUUUUUACAAAAUAGUUACCCGGUACAUUCUUAAAAUUCUGAAAUUACAUGAGGCACUGCCAUAAAGUUCAGUGCUUUUGAUUCAUUUAAGAACAGUUUAUUCAAAAACCAUUUUUAAUUAAAAUUUCAGAUUUUACUCAAAUGGGAGCAAAGAUGUUCUGAUUUGAAUAAUCAACUGAAAAUGGAGCGUAAUAAGGUGAAAAGUCUUACCCAACAGUUAGAAAAGCUGGGUAAAUCUCAGACAAUUGGCAAUAGCGAAGAAGUGGAGGUAAAUUCUUAUUUUUGAUUUAACAAUUUUGACCACAGGUAUUAGAUUUAGAAUGUUGCCAAUAGUGGCCGGAGGUCAUUUCAUUUUCAACUAGUCUCAUUUCCUUUUGGCCAGUCCAAAAGGCUUCACAAACGACUUUGAUAUAGCAAGUGAACAUUUCGAGAGCUGCAUGUUAUUAAACCUAUUAAAAUAAAAUUGCACCAAAUUGUUGUAUGGAAUUAUUUACCUAUUCUUGAUGCACAUAAUGAAAAACAAAACUAAAAUAAUUUGAUAUUUAUCUUUUCACUCACUUAACUUUUAAUAUCAGUUUCUUUGUCAUUGAAAAAAGAACUAAUAAAUAAUCAGGCAUCUGCUGGCUGCAAUAUUUGAAUUAGUAAGUUGGGCAACCCUGAUUUAAACCAUAAGUUAUGCGAUGAGUACUUACUAGUACCAGAAUGCUAAAAAUAUAAGCAUGACCACUGUUCUAGAAGGUGCUUGAGUUGCCCUGGUACUGAACUGGUCUGAUUAUCAAUCGCCUGUAUUCUUAUGAUUUCUAAUAGUAAUAGUCAAUCCUGUUACUUUACAACUCUAUGUUCUUCUGAAGAUUUGUUUGUUUAACCUCAUGAUUUUUACCCAUUUUUUUCACAUUAUUAUUGAUAAUUUUUUAAUGCAUGAUGUAUUUUAGGUAUGAAACAAUAUUUUUAACCUGUUUAAAAUAUUGCAUUUUUAUCAUUUAAAAAAAAAAAUUUUUGAUUGGUUUAUUUAGAGUCUAAAAGCUGAGCUGCUUGAAGUUAAAGAGGAACGAGAUUAUUAUAGUGAUGAAUUAACUGCAAUGUGCCAAAAAGCAGAGAGACAUUUCAAAACUAUCAAAGAACUUAAGCAGCAGAAUGACUACUGCUCAUCUAAGUUAAAAAUUAUGAGUGAGUGUUGUUUUUCUUUGGGUGUAAUUGUUAGUUAUUUUGCCAAGGCUUUUUCAAUUAAAUUGGUUGCCAUUUAGUAUCCGUUGUAUUUUUCUUUUCUUACAUUGCCAAGUUUAUGAAGAAAUUAAAGAUAGAUAGAGAUUUAAGCAAUAUUAUUUUUAAGUAAGGGAAAAUGUGUUGCUACUUAUAAUUAAUGAUUCAUUUAUUUUUGCUUUAAAAAAAAAAUAUUUUUUUUGUUGCUUAUCCUUUGACAGAGUCAAUGCUUCAAGUAGAAAAAAAUAAAAAUAAAGGCAUAGUAAACAGUUCUCAGAUGCCACAGAUUGCAUGCUUUAAUAUAAAAUCAGAUAAUGUCAACAACCUACAAAUCAUUCAAGGACAAACAAUUGAAUUUGAGGCAGGGAACUCUGUGCCGCCAGAUUUGGUCAUUAUAAAUGAAACCGAUGUAAAGCCUCUUGUCAACGAGAUUGAAAAUAAAAAUCGGGUUGAUAUGUCUGAUAUAGGGUCAGUUGCUGUUGAAAGUUCUGCGAAAAUUAACCCUGUUCUUAAUUCAUAUUCAGAGAUGAACCAUCUUAAGUCACCUAGCCAAAGACAAAAUGUGAAUAAAUCCCCCUCAGGUACAAAAAGAGAUCAGUCUAUAUCCACCCCUUCACUGUCCAUAAAAAAAUCUAAGAAUUCUGAGGAUGGGUCAUUUCUUAAAACGCCAAAACAGUCAUCAAAAAAGUCCAAAAUAGCCACACCUUCAAAGUCAAGCAAAUGUGUAGUGCCCUCUACAUUUUCUGAAGAAAUAAAAACGAAGUGUAAAAUGAAUACUUCUACAAUUGGAAAAUUGAACAAUUCAGACAGGUCUCAAGAUUUGAUGAUAAUAAGAGAAAAACUACCUUCAUCAAAAGAAGCAACUGGAACUUCUCUAACUGCUGGGCCAAAUCAUAAACUUUCCAGUCUGCCCUGUGGUCCCAAAACAAUCCCUGCAAUAACUGUGAAUGACAAAAUCACUGAUACUAACUUGUCUACACGGAUUACUAGAAGAAUGUCCUUGCAAAAGAGACGGUCAACUGAGCAGUCACAAGAAGCAGUUGAUGGCAAAAAAAUGAAACUUUCAAUUGAAGGUUUGUAAAUCUUCCUUUUGUGCUCUUUACCAUAUAAACAUACAUUUUUUUUUAAAUAUAUAAAUAUGAAGAGAAAUGGGCUAUGUUGGGCUAAGAUGAAGAGAAACGGGCUAUGUUGGGAUGAGCUGAAGAUUUAAAGAUGAAGAGAAAAAGGCUAUGUUGGGAUGAGCUGAAGAUUAAAAGAUGAAGAGAAAAAGGCUAUGUUGGGAUAAGCUGAAGAUUAAAAGAAGACACACAAAAAAUAUGCUAAUGGUCAUUUUGGCUAAAAAUCCUUCUGCAGCAGGCAAAACAAAAAUAUGUAUGAAGCAUUUUUAUACAUAUAUUUUAUGUGUGUUUAUUCUUUAAAUCUGAUAGAAGUAUGUAAUGUAUAUUGAUGCAUGUUAAGUAUAUAUAUAUAUAUCACAUUGUAUUUUAAUAGAAGUAACCUCAAAUGAAUAUAAGUCAUUAGAUUUUCUUGAUUAUAAAUGUUCUUUAAUUUAUUUUGCAAAUACAGGUAGUUAAAAUCAGUUCAUAAUAAACAUAAUAUAGUUUAAAUUUUAAAGCAUCUACAAAUUUAUCACUGCUGCAAAACAGAAAAUAUAAUUGCAUAGCUGAAGGAGAAACGUGCUGGAAUCAGGGGAAUAUAGCUGACUUAAGAAUGGCUUGGGUUUAUAUACAGAUAUAUUUAUGUUAUUGUAUGUACUAUAAUAUUUAUGAAGAAAAAAUACUUAUCCCUAUAAUAUAAAUGAAAGAAAAGGAAAAAUUUAUUUUUUUUUUAAAGAAAAAACUGGCAGUAUCAAUAAUUUUUCAGAUGUUCAGUCACAUUUCUUGUGUAUGUUGUUGCCUUGAUAAUUCUAUGUUUAAUAUCUUCAAAUCAAUGUACCGGUAUUCUCCAUAGGAAUUAUAUUUGUGUUAUUAUUUAAAUGUUCUAAAAUAUCUUUAUGGCUAUUGUUGACUAGUUGGUUUUCAUAGAUAAUUGAUAUGAUGUAAAUACUCUCUGAACUGGUCACCAAAGAAGUGUAUUGUUCAUUCUUUAUAGGAAGAAAUGUGAGCUAUUAAUAUUUGUAUAGUACUAACAUAGAAGCUAAACAAAUAAUUAUGAUACUUUUAGAUAAAACUUUCUUUUCAUGUGGUUUCUUUGUUCAUGUUUCUUUGGUUUGGUUAUUUCACUGAAAUAUUUAAAUUGAUAGUUUGCAGAACAAACAAAAACUAAAAUUAGAUAUAGAGCUUAGAAUUAAGGGGUGCUUUAAAUAGAACAUUAGGUGGAUUCUGGCAUUACCAAUCAUAGUGUAUGGAUAUGUGGAUAUAUUUUGAAUCAGAUUAAAAAAGAUGACGGCGCGACUUCCAUUUGGGUAAAGCAACAGAGCAGUUAGUACUUAAAUUCCUUGUUAAAGCUCAAACUUAGCUUGUCUUAAAUCUUCUUCAGAAACCAUUCCUGAGACAAAACCUGAGAUUAAACCACCAUCAAAGCGGACACGGCAACAGGCACAACAAAUAAGCAAACCUCAAUCCUCCCCAAAAAAAUGUUCUUUGGCUUUGGUAAGUUUCAUAAUGUUAAACUGAUUUUUUUAGCCUUUAUGAUUAGAGAAAGUUGUUGUUUUUUAUCUAUAUGUUACCAGCAACUGUUGCUGUAAUGCUGUCCACUCUAUCCAUAAAGCUCCUGCAACUGUUGAGAUAUUUCCUCUUUUUUUUUGUAUGGUAAACACUUGUUUGUUUCAUUUUCUAAAUUGUUUGUGUCAUCAAAGUGCUUAGGUUUUUGAAAAUGUCAUCAAGUUAGUUGAGGAUCAUGGCGUUUUAGCUCUAAGCUCCAAAGAAUCUAUCCAUCCCUCCAUCCCUGUGGCGCUACAGCACAUGUAGGGCUUUGGCCUGCCUCACCACUUCCUUCCACUCAGACCUAAUGCCUUUCUUUUCCAUGCAUGGAUUUUCAGCUGUUGUAGAUCUUUUUCCACAUCAUCCAUCCAUGUAAGCCUAGGUCUGCCUUUGAGCCUUUUUCCUCUGGGGUGUUGGUGAUGCACCGGUCUUCGUUCCUCUGUCAUUUGGCAUUCUCUCUAAGUGUCCUGCUCAGCGUAGCCUGCCUCUUUUUAUUUCUGCUACUAUUGUGGGAUCCUGAUAUAGACUGUACAAUUCAUGGUUGUUUCGUAUUCUCCAUCCAUAUUCAUCCUUUGUUGGUCCACAUCCUUUGUUGGUCCAUAUAUUUUCCUGAGAACUUUCCUCUCCCAUGUGUUUAAUAGGUUUUCUGCUGUUUUUGUUAGGGUCCAAGUUUCACUUACAUAUUAUGUUACAACUGGUCUGAUUACAGUUUUAUAAAUAGUUUUCUUUGUUUCUCUUGUGAUGUUUUUUUCAAAGAAUCUAGCAAUGACAAAAAGGAUUUAAGACAAUAAAAAAAAUUAUAUAUUAUUUAAAAUUUGAAGCCUGUAUAUUUUAUGUUAUUGUUAUGAUCUUUUUAAAAAAAAAUAUUUUAAUGUAAUUUUUAUGGACUAGCGCUACAUUUUAAUCAUAUCCAGAUUUCCAUAGGAGUCAAUAAUAUUGUUUAAUAAUAUUUUUAAAAGCCAAGCCCUUGAGUGAUUUGAAUUUUCUAGCUCAUUCACCCAACUUAUAAAAGAAAUUUAAAAGGGGAAGAAACACACCACACAGAAAAACAAUAAUCAUUGCAGAAAAAAGGAAGUUCAGUUACUGUAUGUGUUAUUAGUUCAUUAUCAAUAAAUUUUAAGAUUAUACUCAACUCAUUUGUAUUUUGCUACAUUAUUUUAUCAAAAUAUGUCUCAAAACAUCUUUUCCUAUUACAGCCCAACAGCAAUGUCUUAGCCACAAUCACCAACAGUCCAAAGAAAUCGGUUCCUCCCAAUGACAGUAGUAAAUCACGAGUUCGACAUUUAAGAUCUCCUAAACACAAAACAGCCCCAACAGCCAAGGGAUCACCUGGUGGAAAAUCGGAGUGUAAUCAACAGUAACUUUCAUAGAAUGUACUUCAUCAAAAAAAAUCUUGUCGAGGUCAUCCAUGUAUUUUGAGGGGAGAGCAGGUAUCCUGCUGUGUUCCUAACCUAACGUAUUAUGUAAAGAUUGCGACAUUUAAAUAACAUUUUUAAUCAAAGUUUUAUUGUUCAAAAUGAAUUCUAGAAAGUUUGAGGUGGAUUUACUUAUUAUUUGUAAACCUAUUAACAUAAGGCACACUUUUGAAAAUGUUUUGGGGUCACAAUAAAGGAGGAAACGUUAUGCAGAUCUGGCUUUUAUUGUACAUUUUAAUGUAUUUUCAGAUUUGGUUAAAUACCAUGCCUCCUUUUACAAAACCUGUCAGUAGCGUUAGAUGGUUAAUAAUGUGUAAUAAAAAAAUGAUAAAUCUCUGCACAGAUGACCAUGAGAUAAUGUGCUUGACACUUGUUAUGACAUUGUUUAACUCAUUUCUACAGGGACUAUUUGUGUUCUUAUAAUACAUAAUUUUUCAAAUAAUACUUUAAUUUGAACAUGGCGCAAGAUUUCUAAUGAACAUGUUUUAUUUGAAAGAACUGAUAUGAUGAGUACCCAGCAAACCUUGUGCAAAGUGUCCUUACGUCACCAACCCUCUUUCAGCCAUACAUCAUUGCAUCAUUAGGUCACCCAUGUCAUCGUCACUCUUUUAAGUGUCCUUUCAUCCCAGACCCUCGGUGUGAAUGUACAUGUUGGUGUGUACAGCAAAAUGUAACCAUCCCACCUUUCAUAAUUAUUUUAUUUGAAAACUUUGUGGUAAAAAAAUACAUAAAACCAUUUCACAUUACCAAAGUUUGAGUUUAAUUAAUGAUAAAUAAAUGCACUUGAAAUAAGCCAGAUAUAACACAUCUGGGGAAAGAUGAGCAUGCAUAAAACAGGGCUUUGUUGCAUUUGUUUAAACUCUUGAUAUGUAGCUCAAAACUAUUUAUAUGAUUUAUGUGUUUGAAUGAUGUUAAAAUUGUAUUUCUUGAGAAAUAAAAGAUUGAAUGGAUGCAUUGUCAUCAAGAUGACAGUUCCUUGAUAUUAACUGACUAUGUUCAAUGAGCCAAACAAAGUAUGGGGGAACCUGGGGAAAAAAGGACGCAACAAAACAACAAACGUGUCUGCAAGAAGCCUUCUUCAGCGAACAAACAACACUAAAAACAAUAUAAAAUAAACACUUAGCUGCAAUGUAGUAGCCG